AUGGAGGAAUCUGGUAAUGAUUCAGAAGAAUCUGAAAGAAAAAACUUUGAAAAUUUGAAUAUCCCUCCUCCCAGUCCUUACCAGACCCCUGUCAUCAACAACAUCUCAAUAAUUUCCAAAAAUUGGUUAAAUACUCCCAGCCCGGUUCGCUACCUUCGAGCAGGUGACGACAUUGUGAAUGAACCAGACGAUGAAUUGGAUGAUGAUGACGAACUGGAUGACAACGGCCAUGAGAUGACGUCAAAUCCAGAGCCACCGAAGGAAUUUAUUAAUGAAGACUUGUUGAAAGCAGACGCCAUAGGGGACACCGCAUUUAGUAAACGUUGGGUGCUGUCGACACUGUUGAACAUUUUGAAGUAUGUUGAAGAUGAUGACAUGAAUCAGCUAGUUGAAUUAGACGAAGAAGUUCAGGAUGGUGUAUGUCACCUGUGGGAUAUGUCCAUGAAUGACGAAAUGUGUGUAGGAAUAAUAGGAAACAUGAUGUGCUCUCCGAGUAUUUUUCAAGUGUACAGCAGUGACGAUGCAUUCAUGUCGUUCCUGUUCAGUCUUUUCGAAUGUGAUGACCCCCCUGUGCUGAUUGAAACUCUGAGGUUAUUGACAACGUGCAUAUCCUUCAAGGAGCAUUGUGGAUUGUGGAUUACUGCCAUUAAACAGUCACAGCACAUCCUCACCAGCGUGCUGUUCAUCUUACAAAGUUCCACAAAUGUAACCUUGUUAAAGAGUACAGCGGAGUUUGUGUCCAAAUUGUUUGACGUCAGUGAUGAGAUGUGUUUGCAUUGGAGUUGUCCCGAUCUUGUCCUCGCUGUCCUCGAGGCAUUCAAACAGACGGGAUCGUUUGAAAGCAAGUUGUACAAUGAACUGAUGAGUGUUUUGCAGUCCAUGUCAACAACUGAGAACGGCGUUGAGGCCCUUGUAACAUACGCCGGUGAAAUAUGCAUCCUUUGCCUCGGUUAUCUGAGGAACCUUUGUGACGACGUCCUCUUAGUCGUAGUCGGUAAUGAAAAUGUCAUAGCAGCUACUGUCUCCGUCAUUAACGUUCUCUUUUUGCACUGGGAUGCCAACAUAGACUUCAUCAAUCAAGAUUACAGCUUCGUCAGGGUUGUUUUAAAAUUUCUGGAAGCUCUUAACGAGUUGCCCGUCAUCUACAAGAUAAACAUCGACGGAGCCACUACAGACAAUGGUAGUGGUGAUCUUGAAAUGGCAAAUGAUGACUCACAUGAUGAGAAAGACGGACGUUCUGUUUAUCGUCUGAUACGUAGUCUACUUAUCACGCUUCUUAAAGAUGCCCUGAAUCUUCUGCUGAAAAUUGAUGGUCCGGAAGGAGAAGUGACAUCGGCUCCACGAUCCCUUCAGUACAUAGAGAAGUACUGCUCCAGAGAACGACUCUUGUUGGUACAUUCUUGUCUGGGUGAAGAUAUUCACGCUUGGCUUCAACUUGCCGAUAAAUUCAAAUGUGUCAAUUUUAAAAAAUUCUUAUUGGAAAAAUCUAUAUUUCAAUAUUCGGAUUGA